AUGGAGAGGUUGAAGAUAAAGGAAACGUUCUUCAUCACGCAUGGACCGCCGAUGAUGUCGAUCGACGAAUCAUUGUCGGGGAGGCAUUUCCUGAAAUCAUUCAGGGUGAAGGUGUACGGACAGUCUGCACCCGCCGCCAUCCUCAUCAUCUCCGCCCACUGGGAGACCUCCCACCCCGCCGUCUCCGGCCCCUCGCCCACCAUCUACGAUUUCGACGGCUUCCCCACCCAGACAUACCAGCUCAAGUACCCGGCUCCUGGAGCUCCAGAAUUGGUAGAGAGGGUGAAGGAAAUACUAAAUGCAAGUGGGUUGGAGCGGGUGGAUGUGGACAAGAAGCGAGGGCUUGACCAUGGCGCUUGGGUUCCACUGAUGCUUAUGUAUCCAGAGGCAGAUAUUCCAGUGUGCCAGCUCUCCAUUCAGACCCACAAAGACACCACUUACCAUUACAAUCUGGGCAGAGCCUUGGCCCCUCUCAAGCAUGAAGGCGUCCUCUUUCUUGGUUCUGGGGCUGCCACUCACAACCUCGGUAAGCUCCACGAUGAAGUUGCUGAUUCCUGGGCUUUGGCUUUCGAUACCUGGCUCAAAGAUGCCCUUUUCUCUGGGAGGUUUGAGGAUGUGAACGAAUAUGAAGAGAAGGCACCAUAUGGAAAAGUGGCCCACCCGAGGCCUGACCAUUUCUACCCAUUGGAUUGCAUUUACAAGAUGUAA